CCAUUCCACGUAGAUAUAGCUACAUGGCAAAUAUAAAAUCGAACAUAAAUAUAAAAAGGCGCGAACUAAACGGAUAAAAGACAAAACAAAAACAAAAAGAAGACAAAAAAACAAACAGAAAAACUAAGAAUUACGCUGUGGAGUGACACAAUAUUGUUAAUACAAAUCAAUGGAAUUUAUUAAGACAAUGGAUACUGAUCUUCGGGAUAUUAAUUGAAGAUAUAUUUAUGUGGUAAUUCUACAGGAUACUCUAAUGACAUCUACGCUUUAAAAGACAACGAACAUUUCCAGAAAUAUCGAUUACCGUGUGGUUAUACAAAAAUCCAAUAUGGAUUACUUGAACGAUUCCAUGUUUAAUAACAUGACUUAUAACAUAACUUCUACUCCUUUACCUGAUGCACCUCGCUUUGAUAAUGUAUAUGUAUCGAAGCUGUGUGUCCUCGGAACUGUCUUUGUGAUUUCCUUUUUCGGAAACACUCUUGUGAUUAUACAAAUAUUCAGAAUUAGAGGAUCGCGUUCCACAAUACAAAGCUUAAUCCUGAAUCUAGCCAUUGCUGACUUAAUGGUCAGUUUUUUCAACAUACUUAUGGACAUCAUAUGGUCAGCUACUGUAGAGUGGCUGGCAGGAAAUACAAUGUGCAAGAUUAUGAAGUAUCUUACAGUUUUUGGUCUACAUUUAUCCACUUACAUAACAGUAAGCAUAGCGUUGGAUAGAUGUUUUGCCAUCCUCUCGCCAAUGAGCCGCAGUAAAGCACCUCUUAGAGUACGUAUCAUGAUCACAAUGGCGUGGGUCCUCAGUGCUAUUUUCAGUAUACCGCAGGCUGUUAUUUUCCAAGAACAGCGAAAAAUGUUCAGACAAGGAAUGUUUCACCAGUGCCGCGAUAGUUAUAAUGCACUUUGGCAAAAGCAACUCUAUUCGGCAUCGUCACUGAUUCUGCUGUUUGUUAUCCCGCUCAUAAUAAUGGUUACAUCCUACCUGCUCAUUUUAAAGACUAUUGUUAAAACAUCGAGACAGUUUCACGGUAAGCCAAUUUCAUCGUGCAGAAUAUUCUCAACUCCCUUAGGGGAAAUGCUAACAGCAUUGGCCAUUCAAAUUUAUAGUCAAUCGCAUAUCAUCCAUCAACAUGAGGUGAAAAUGCUGAAUAAUUUCCUCGGUGGUGGCAGUUGUAGGAUGUCUAGAUCCUGGGUCAUUUUCAAGACUCUCCCUUCCCCUCUUAAAUUCAGUAGCCCACUUUUGCACUGUUGA